UCCCAGACAAUAAUAUAAAACAGCAAAAUUUAAACUGAAAUAGGCUAAUCAUCUGAUUUUAUAGCAUAAUAAAGUAAUAUGCUUUUAUCUCAAGUUAGAAAAAUACAAACAAGCUGUUUGACCAAAAUGAAAUACCUUUCGCAAGAUGAAGCUACAAAAAUUGAUGUUGAAUUAUUCAAUGAGUAUAAAUUCAGCGUUGACCAGUUAAUGGAACUUGCUGGUUUGAGCUGUUCUUCUGCUAUAUCUAAUUGCUAUCCUCCUGAUAGUUUAGAAAGUAAAAAUGUAUUGGUUUGUUGUGGCCCUGGUAACAAUGGUGGUGACGGCUUAGUAGCUGCAAGACAUUUAGCCUUAACUGGCUAUUGUCCAUUCUUAUACUAUCCGAAACAAACUCCUAAAGAACUAUACCAGAAUCUUUUGCAUCAGUGUACUAGAAAUAAUAUUCCGCUAAUUGAAUCAAGCCAUAAAAUCACAGAGACACAUAAAUUUGGCUUAAUAGUUGAUGCAUUAUUUGGAUUUAGCUUCAAGCCUCCUGUUAGAGAUGAAUUCAAAGAUAUAAUCAAUCAAAUGAUAGAAACAAAGAUUCCAAUUGUGAGCAUUGAUAUUCCAAGUGGGUGGGAUGUCGAAACAGGCUGCCCCGAAAGUGGAGGAAUAAAUCCAAAGAUGCUUAUAUCAUUAACAGCACCAAAAAAAUGUGCACACAAGUUUAAUGGCCACCAUUAUUUAGGUGGUUUAUUUGUUCCAAAGAGUUUGCAAGAUAAAUAUGAUUUAAAUCUGCCACAGUAUCCUGGAACAUCAACUUAUAUAAAACUAUAGUCAAUACACUGUACAGAUACAAUAUUUUUAAUAAUGAU